AUGCUCGCUCCCUGGAUCGCACAUCCUAUCGAGUCAAUCGGAUUGGCGGAUGCGUCCAAAGCGGUGGGCAUGCUCUUCGCGACUCUUGUUUUUGGCAUUUACACAAGUAUGGUGGUGUAUCGUGGGUUCUUCCAUCGGUUAAACAGGUUCCCCGGCCCCAUCCUGGCGAAGUUCUCGAACCUGUAUGUAACAGCCAGUAUUUGGAAUCGGAUGCAUCUUCAUGAAGACGUCAAGAAGCUUCACGAGAAGUACGGAGACGUUGUGAGAGUUGCUUUGCGCGACUACGAGCCACGAGUACUCAAGUAUACCAACCAACUCCUCGCCGGGAUCGAAGCGAGUGCGGGCACCCGGUUCAAUGCAUCCCUCUGGUUCAACUUCUACAGCUUCGACGUCAUGGGCGAGUUCUCUCUCGGCCAUGGUUUCCGCAUGCUCGAAGACGGCGUUGCGCACUUUUACAUGGACGGGCUGCACAACGAGACUUUGGCUGUGGGCCGUUUCACGCACGCCAUGUGGGCGUUGCCGAUUUACCGCAAGAUGUCCCUGUGGAACGCCGAACUGAGGAGGUUCAAGGGUUGGAUUUCCCAGCAGGUUCAGCAGCGCAUUCAGAAUAAGCCGGAGAGCCCGGAUAUUUUCACGUGGGUCCUUGAAGACUUUGAGUCUAAGAAAGAGCAUUCGUUCCAGGACAUGUUGAAUCUGUACGGCGACUGUAUUCUUAUUACUGUUGCUGGGAGUGACACGGUUGCUGCUGUGUUGUCGUGUCUCUUCAUGGAGUUGGCACGUCAUCCACAGGAGUACAAGAAGCUGCAAAAGGAAGUCGAUGAAUACUUCCGUGAGCAUGACAAACCGGAGCAUGCACCCCUUGCGAAGCUGCGAUAUCUACAAGCUUGUAUCGACGAGUCUUUGCGUCUCCAUCCACCGGUGCCCUCGGGUGUUCAGAGAAUGACGCCCCCGGAGGGUCUGCAAGUUGACGACGUCUGGCUUCCCGGGGACACGAUUGUGUUCGUGCCUUCGUACACACAAUACCGCGAUGCUCGCUUCUUCGAGAGCCCCGAUGAGUUUAUCCCAGAGCGCUGGAUUGACCGACCAGAACUUGUCAAGAACCCCGCGGUAUACGUUCCAUUCUCUACAGUCAGUGCGGUGGUGCACAAGUACAACCUGAGAUAUGCGCAAGGUCAGACCGGGGAGAAGUUUCUGGCGGAUAACAAGGAUACUGGAACAUUGACAGUUGGGCCGCUCAACCUCGUGUUCGAUCCAAGAAAGUCUUGGGCUGGCAUAUGA